GCCAUCUGCAGCCUUGUGAAGUGUCUGUCCGCAUGACCAAAAUACGUCGGCUCUCCAACUGGAAAGCCUCGAUAACGGUGCAUCAUCAAUGAUGCCACCGCGCGUACUACCCCUUCCUUGCAACGAGUAAAUUCUGUUGGUAUACCUCUGUAGGUAAAUCUAAUCAGCCGGGGAGUCGGUAUCUUGUUCACCCCGAUGGGUGCUUCUUACGAUAUUGCACCAUAUCGGCCAGAGGCUCAGAGCCUAGGUGGCAUACCAACGAUACCUGUCGAUAUACCAGUGUGUGCUGUCUUCAUGGUACUAUACAUCAUCGCUGGUGCUUUGCACAUGGGAACCUUUACAAUAAACAAGAAGGUUGGGAAAAAGUUCAUCUUUGGCGGAAUGAUGUUCGGCCUUUGUAAGAUACGAAUCGUGACACUAAGUCUGAGAAUGGCCUGGGCAUGCUAUCCUCGCAAUAUCAGGCUAGGCAUCGCAGCCCAGAUAUUCGUCAACAUCGGUGUCGUACUGCUAUACUUUGUCAACCUAUUCUUCACGCAGCGCAUCGUCAGAGCUCAACAUCCGAAUUUCGGUUGGAGCAAGAUCUUCUCGCCGUUGAUACCUAUGCUUUGUAUCGUCACGGUGUUGACAAUCAUUGCUCUCAUCGUUGCCGUGAUCCAGUCCUUCUACACACUGGACACCAACAUCCAUCGCAUCGACCGAAUCAUCGAAUUAUACGGCUCUACAGCAUUCUCGACCAUCGCUUUCAUUCCCAUCAUCAUCGUCAUGCUCUCAACGCUCUCGAGACUAGUCACUCGGGGUCAGAAAGCUGUGGACAAGUUCGGCGAAGGCAAAAUGAGCACAAAGAUUCUGAUCGUAUUGAGCAGCUCAGCGCUUCUGACUCUUGCCGCUUCCAUCAAGGCUGGUACGGGGUACUUGCCUCCCAUCCCUCUUAUGAGCAAGAGCGACCCACCAAUAUCGGAACCCACACCCUGGUACUUCAACCGCGGCAUCUUCUACGCUUUUGGUUUCGGUGUCGAAGUUAUAAUCUUGUUCUUCUUUAUGGCUGUGAGGGUAGACAAACGCUUCAUCAUCCCCGACGGAGCCAAAGGCCCAUACAGCUACGGCGGCGGAUUCGUCUUUGCCGGCGAGAGCGGAAACGAAAAGUCGAGGUUGGGUCAACGCGACUCUACCCGAAACCUCACAGGAAGCUCACAAUCGUUGCAAUCGUGGGGAGGAUCAACCCGUCGUGCUCGAAGCAAGGCUCCUUCUAUCAUCAGCUGGGGCGGUAUCAGUCAGGCAGAUACAGAGAUGGGCGUUGGUGAGGAUGGCAUCGAGCCUGUGCCUUAUGUUACGCUCGAUGAUGGAGUCAUGGCCAGACCUGCAAGUGUUGCGGGGGCCGAGCAAGAGAUGGGCUGGGAUUCAAAGACUGGCAAGUGGAAGCUCAGACCCGUCUCCCAGAUGUCUGCUGUCUCGACCGCGGUACCGAUGACCGUUGGAGAGGAUGUCUAGGCAGCCGACGGCUCUUCGAAAAGAGAUAGGCACCGCCGCACAACAAGAUGGGUGUACAGCAAAUGAACAGGUGCUCCUGUAAAG